GCCCUAACAGCGAAUUCAGGCAUUAUCAUAUUUAUGGAUACAAAAGGCGUGUACAUAUUGCAAGGGUAAUGUGGCUUGUGGCCACUGUACCUAGUGGUGGAAGAGGAAGAAUUUACGGUGACAUGAGCGGGGCACGCAGUAGCUGUUUCACUUAUUCUUUUCCCUUUCCUUCUGCACAUAAUUGUCUGCGAAAGACUUGAUGCAACGACGUGAGAAUUCCCGUUCAAGAACCAUCGCCUGUUGUGAUGCCUUCUGCAGAGACCUCAAUGGUCCAAAUCAUGGCACGAUCAACACUUUUGCGCAGAUCAUGGCACGAAGUCCACGAUGGGCACUGCGGAUACUCGUACUCGUAGAAGUGGCCGCAAUAGCGCUAUGCAUCUACUGGACUGUACACCAUCCUGGAGGCGUCCCACUUCAUCGCACGCAAAUGGUGUACGGACCCAUGCCGUGGUACAGCCGGGCGUCUUCCACCAGCUUCAGCAACAUCCCCCGGACAUCCACAACGGACAUCCCCCGUAUCUUGCUGUGGACACCAUACUUCGGAUCGCGUCUGCUGGGGCUUUCUUCGCAGGACGAGAUUGAAAUUCCAGAGUGCAGUCGCCGCUGUCACGUCACUUACAACAGAGACCUUCUCUCUUCCAGCGACGCUGUAGUGUUUCACGUCAGAGACUUGAGCCUAUGGGACGUGCCCGCACGUCGUUCGCCUGCCCAAAAGUGGGUGUUUUGGUGUAUGGAAGCACCGCCCAAUUCUGGUGGCGUCGACCUCGACAGCAUGAAAUCAGUGUUCAACUGGACUAUGACCUAUCGAGCAGAUUCGGAUGUUCCUGUCGCAUAUGGAUCGCUAGAGAGAAGAGAGAAUGGUAAAGAAAUAGCAUCGAGCAGUAAGAGAAUAUGGGAACAAAAGAAUAAGACUGCAGUUUGGGUGGUCAGUAAUUGUGCCCCGCACAGCGGACGAGCAGCUUUCAUAAAAGAACUGCAGCGUUACAUUCACAUCGACAUCUACGGACGAUGUGGGACUCACAAAUGCCCCAAAGAUUCCGACGAUGCUUGCUUCCGUAAGUUUGAGUCUGAGUACUACUUCUGGCUCGCCUUAGAAAACUCACUGUGCCGCGACUACGUGACGGAAAAAUUGUUUUACGCUCUCCAGCGCGUCAUCGUACCUGUUGCACUGGGCGCUGUUAACUACAGUGCCGUAGCAGCACCGCAUUCUGUGAUUGACGCGUCUGCCUUCGAGGGACCGAAAGAGUUAGCUGAUUAUAUGGAAAACGUGAAAAGUGAUUUCCGAUUGUAUCAAAGGUACCUCGAGUGGAAGGACAGGUACGAUGUCGUCAGCUGGGAUGACAGAUUCUGUUCUCUGUGCGAAAAAUUGUAUAGUGCACACUUUAGAACUAAGUCUGCAGUGGAGGACUUGUCGUCAUGGUGGAUCAGAGACUCGGGGUGUUAUGAGUGGAACGACGAACACUGGAGAGCUCGGAGAAGGAAAGACAUCGUUUGACACGGGAACCGGACAUUUCGGUACGGGACAUUUUAUUACGGACAUUGCGGUGCACGGGUAUCUGGAGCACGGAUCUUUCGGUUUCGCGGGCAUUUCCGUCUUCUUUUCGGCGAAAGAGAAAUGGAAGAUUAAUUAUUCCCAGAACACUGAGAAACACGAAUGUGGUUUAAACACUGUGCGCCCGUAUUUCAUACCCACUCCCAGAGUGGAAAACUCCCCACUUCAUCAGAAUAUAUCUGUUGUUGUUGUUGAA